AUGGAAGACGGAACCAAUUUCACGUACAUGAAUAGUCUUGGUGGUGACUGGGCCGCUGAUCCGACUCAGCCUUUUCUUCCUGGCGGAAAGGCCCAGAGUUGGAGUCCGCGCGUAGGUGCGGACGAAUGGAUAUGGGGCGAAAAUGUUGCGCGAGGAGUGAACCUUGGAGGCUGGUUAGUUACGGAACCUUUCAUCGUCCCCAGCCUGUACGAAAAAUACGUCAACAACAGCCAGAACAUCACUGUGUUAGAUGAAUGGACACUAUCUCUUGCCAUGGGCUUAGAUUUGGCCUCGGAGAUGGGACAUCACUAUGAGACUUUUAUCACUGAACAAGAUUUUGCGGAAAUCGCAGCAGCCGGUCUCAAUUGGGUACGAAUACCGAUUGGAUUCUGGGCAAUCGAGGCUAUCAACGAUGAACCCUUCUUGGUCGGUACCUCUUGGACAUACUUCCUCAAAGCAAUUCAAUGGGCGAGAAAGUAUGGCAUUAGGAUUUAUCUUGAUCUUCACGCCCUUCCAGGAAGUCAGAACGGCUGGAACCACUCGGGUAAAAGUGGGGACCUUUUUGGAAACGGAGUCAUGGGAAUUGCGAACGCUCAAAGGACCCUCACCUAUCUCCGAAUCCUGGUUGAAUUCAUCAGUCAAGAUCAGUAUCGAGAUGUGGUUCCCGUCCUAGGUAUUGUAAACGAGAUUCUUUGGGGCACGAUCGGAGAAACCUCCGUGCAAAGCUUUUAUUAUGCUGCGUACGACACAAUCAGGCAAUCUACAGGAAUCGGUUCGGGGGCUGGUCCAUACAUUGCCAUACAUGAAGGGUUUCAAGGACCUGCGAUAUGGGAAGGAUUUUUAUCUGGUGCCGAUCGUCUUGCUCUGGACCAGCAUCCCGUGAAUUAUCCUAAUCUCGCUUUAUUUACUUCCCAGUAUUUGGCUUUCAUGGGUGACACCAGCUCUGAGUGGGCCAUUGCGACCAACCAAUCCUCAAAGGCUUUCGGAAUUACACUCGGGGGUGAAUUUUCUACUGCUAUCAACGACUGCGGUCUAUGGCUCAACGGUAUAGGACCCGGAUCUUCAAAUCCCGAAUGCCCUAUGUGGGACGACUGGGCGUCCUAUAACGCGUCAACCAUUGCUAGCCUUAAACAGGUUACGCUAGCCACCAUGGAUGCGCUUCAAAACUUCUUCUUCUGGACAUGGAAGAUAGGGAAUUCCACCGUGCUUGGCACAUCUUCAAGUCCACUGUGGCACUACAAAUUGGGAUUGCAACAAGGAUGGGUUCCGUCAGAUCCCCGUGAGGCUGUUGGACACUGCGAGUCUGUUUUGAGUUCAUCGGAAAUAUUUGACGGAAGUUAUCCAGUCACGGCUACUGGUGGUGCCGGAGCAGGAACUGUCCUUCCCGCACAAACCUCUUCGCAUGUGUUUCCACCUCCAUCCUUGGCCCCCUCAUUCGCUGAGACUCAAAUGACAUUACUACCAACAUACACCCCUACAGGAACGGUUAAGACCCUUUUUGCUCCUAUUUUUACCUCUGCGCCAUCAGCAAACGUUGGAACAGGAUGGAAUAACACUGCUGAUACCUCUUCUGCAUAUGUGCCUGUCGCAGGAUGUUCGUAUCCAGACUCAUGGGACGCCGUUAAUACUUCUCUUCCAGCGACACCUUGCACAGGUUGA